ACAAAAUUAACUAAGUUUAUCUAUAAAAAUAUUUAUUUAAGACUAAUUAAAUGAUCAAAUGAAGCGUAAUUCGGAGCGCAGUGUCAUGAGUUACGAGUGAUGAAACUCGUCGUGUUUAUUGUUGUUUUGUUGUCGACAAUUAACAAUAAGGUUGAAUACAUUCAGUAGUUGCGGACCACACGACAAAGUAUUCACAAUGACUGACGGGCCAAAUAUUGCCGUACUCGGAGCGGGAGUUGUUGGGAUGACCGUAGCUAAGUUGCUACAAGAUGAAAAUAGAAAAUUUAAUAUAACCAUUAUCGCCGAUUCUUUCAAAGAAAAUACGACAAGCGCGGUUGCUGCUGGUAUUUUCCGGCCAGGGACGAGCUUCUGCGGGCCCACUGCUGAAAUCACUAAAAAAUGGAUCAACAACUCUUGGUACUAUUGGCAAGAUAUUUUGAAGUCAUCUGAAGCACCCCAAGCAGGUCUAAUGUCUUUCUCUAGUUAUAUAUUUUCAAAAGAACGUUACACCGUCACUAGGAAUCAUCUUAUUGAAGAUUUAGUACCGAUUUAUAGAGCUGUAGACAAAAAUGAACUGAAAAUUUGCGGCGAGGGAUGGAAAUAUGGAUCAUACUUUUCGACGAUAAAAAUCGGAUGUGAAAGGUAUUUACCUUGGGUGGAAAGACAAUUUUUAGACAAAGGUGGAAAAAUUAUAACGUCCACUGUUGAGAGUUUCACCUCGCUACCUGAAAAGUAUGACUUGGUUUUCAACUGCACAGGUUUAGGCGCGAAAUUGUUGUGUAACGAUCACCAUUUGGUUCCGAUUCGGGGACAAGUCAUAAAGGUGAAAGCACCUUGGUUGAAAACGGCUAUUUACGGCGAUUACGACACGUACAUAAUACCUGGUUUUGAUGGAAUAGCAACGCUGGGCGGGGUCAGGCAAUAUGACAGUUAUAAUAUGAAAAUUUGUAAAUAUGACAGCGCCGCCAUAUUGGAGCGGUGCUGUGAAAUGUUGCCAGCGUUGAAAAAGGCUGAGAUUGUUGCCCACAAGGUCGGGUUGCGGCCGCACAGAGUACCCGUAAGAGUGGAGCCGGAGACGGUGAACGGUGUAAAGGUGGUUCACUGCUAUGGGCACGGGGGAUACGGUGUGACAUGUGCACCGGGGACGGCUAUGGACGCUGUACGCAUGGGUUUGGAUCUACUGAAAACUAAUGUAAAAACCAAACUAUAGUUUUUGGCGUAUAUAAAAUAAACUAAAAUUAUUCACUCAAUGAUUGUUAAUAAAUAACGCAAAUGUAUUUUUAAGCAAUUUAUUCUACUGAUCAACUUCAGGUGUUACUGUUUCAAAGUUUAUUAAAUAAAAAUCA